UGAUCUUGGCAAUUGGUCGGUGUAAUUUGCGUACCUUAGCGAUGGCUUGUUUUGCAAAGAUCUUUGGCAGAAAGCAUGGUUCGUUCAAUCUGCCCGAUGUUGGUGCGGGCGAUGGCGAAGUUGUGGCUACACGUGUUACACGGCGGCUAUAUGACGAAGAACUAAAUCAAACGGUACCGCCUGCACCUCGUGCCAAUGGGUACAUUGGGUUGGAGAAGGUGUCACCAGCACUUGCACCAUCAGCAGAAGCACCACAAACUACCACCGUGAUUACGGCACCGACGAUGGUCAAAUCAAACGAACGUGAGUCGGGGCUGGGAUCAUUGGAUGAACGAUUAAACAUUACAAGCAACGCUACCACAAACGACACUAAUCGCGAGCCCGAUCCUUUCGGUCCACCAGAGGAACAGUGGAGCGUUCAGAUGAGUCCCGCCGACCCACGGACUGUACCGACGAUUGUUGUACCGGCGGCACCAAACGUCGAGCGACGUGCAUCGAGACCCCGCGAUCCGGAAGUGCCAAAGAUAAGCUGCAGCUCCCGAGAGACUUCCACGGCUGAGCCACCAUCCAGGCAGGGUCAGGAGCAGCUGCUGAAGGAUCUGCUGCAGAACAAGAUACUGCACAUGCUGGCACUUCAGUCGAAGGGUUACAAACAGUUAACGAAGAGUGAACGUGCGACAUUGGUCCGUCUGGAGGACGAAAUACAAGAGCUACAAGCAAAGAGCAAAUCUCCAGAACCUACGACACAAGCCAUCAACGUUCCGAAGAAGAAAGAGGAACGAUCGACAGAUCAGCAGCGUAACAGCGUUAGCUCAUAUGAAACGAAUCUCCCACCAAUGGUAAAGCCACCGAUAAUAGAGCCACCAGUUCCGAAAAGAGAUAGUCCCGUUCCGGACAUUCAACCCGAGGAGCAGCUGCAGGAAGGAGAGAUGUCCGACUAUGAUGUGAUCCCGAUGCAGAAAUUAAACGAAGAUGAUGUCCCGGAAGCACCAAGUUCGGAGGAUGACAGAUCGACGGUACUACCACCGGAUUUGCCUCCUCGUAUGAGCAGAGUUAAUCACGUGGAUGAAGCGGACGACACCUCGCAGGAUGAGGAACCAACGCCACCAAAGCUACCUCCACCCAGAAGUCAGCUCGAGCAGAACCUCACCGAUGAGGUGUUGAACAGAUCGUUACAGGAGACGAUCUUACGUCAGACUGUCAACGCACGUGAAGAAGAAAAGGAAAUACCACUCCCAACAGUACCACCGCCAUCGCGAGAACCUCCGCCAGUUCCAACUUCGGAACACUCCGACCACCAGCUGGAUGACGAUCCACCCAUCACUACUCCCCGAAAGGAGACGUUGGUACGAAAGAUGUCAUCUCAACGAUCGAUGAUUGAAGAACUGGACAUUACGACGGGUACGUUAAAGAAAACUCGCAAACAGGGUGUUGUGUCCGAUAAAACCGAUCUGAAAGAAUCGAAAGACAUCGUCAUCCCAACGCAUCCGAAAAGCCCGGACACAGAACUUCUGAUCAAGACGGCGAUCGUUGCGAACGAUUUCCUAAACAAUAUGAUGGACGAGGAACGGUUACAGGCCGUGACGGCGGCCAUGAGCUCGAUGACAUUCCCGCCAAACAGUUACAUCAUCAAGGAGGGUGACAUUGGGGCACACUUUUUUGUAUCGGAAGAAGGCACCUACGAGGUUGUGGUGGAUAAUAAGGUGAUUAAAUCGUUCGGGCGCGGUGUCGUGUUUGGCGAGUUGGCGAUCCUGUACAAGGCGAAGCGAUUCGCUUCGAUCCGCGUAACGAGUGGGGCGCGCGUUUGGUUGCUGGAGCGUAAGGUGUUCCAGAAGAUCAUGAUGAAGAGUGGCCGCAAGGAGCGGGAAGAGAAUGUCCGGUUUCUGAGUACGGUGUCGGUGUUGAAGGAUCUGGAGAUUGAGAAGUUGCACAAAAUAUCGGAUCUUCUUAAGCGGGAGUUCUACGCGACUGGGUCGACCAUCAUUCAGCAGGGGGAUCCCGGUGACAAGUUCUACAUUAUACGGGGCGGUAGUGUGAACGUGAUUAAAACCGAUAAAAAGGGCAACGAUCGAUUGGUGGGAACACUUCAGCGAGGCGCCUACUUUGGAGAGCAGGCCCUCCUCCACGAGGACCGUCGGUUGGCCAGCAUCAUUGCAAACCCACCAGGGACCGAGUGUCUAACACUGAACCGCAUUGCAUUCAACGAGUUCUUGGGCGGACUGGAUAAACUGCGUGAGGUGAAGCUUUCCGACACGAUACCACGCAGCUCGACGAUGACAAAUAUUGUCUCAGAGUACGACCAUAUCCAGCUGCAUGAUUUAACCUACAUCGGGACGCUGGGCAUCGGUGGGUUCGGUCGGGUGGAGUUGGUACAGUACAAAAACCACCAAACGUUCGCCCUAAAGUAUCUGAAAAAGAUCGAAAUGGUACGCCAGCAGCAGCAGGAGCACGCCUACAGCGAAAAGGACAUCAUGCUAAGCUGCAACAGUCCGUUCAUCGUACGCCUGUACAAGACGUACCGUGAUAAGAAGUAUCUCUACUUCCUGAUGGAGGCCUGUCUCGGUGGCGACGUCUGGACAGUGCUGCAGAAGAGCAAAUUCUUCGACGAGCGUACGGCCCGCUUCAUUACCGGUUGUGUCGUGGAAGCGUUCGAGUAUCUGCACAGCCGGAACAUGAUCUACCGUGACUUGAAGCCGGAAAACUUAAUGCUGGACGAAAAGGGCUACAUCAAGCUGGUUGACUUCGGGUUCGCGAAGCGCAUCGGACCGAACCAGAAGACGUGGACGUUCGCCGGUACGCCGGAGUACGUGUCGCCGGAAAUCAUCCUCAACAAGGGUCACGAUCGGGCCGUCGACUAUUGGGCGCUUGGCGUGCUGAUACACGAGCUGCUGGUCGGUAAGCCACCGUUCCGUGGCAAAAAUCACAUGAAAACGUACAACGCUAUCCUGCGCGGCAUCGACAUCAUCGAGCUGCCGUCCCGCGUGCCCAAGAAGGCACAGGUCCUGAUCAAGCGACUCUGCAGACAGACGGCGGCUGAACGGCUCGGGUACGGCAAGAACGGUAUUGCCGACAUCAAGAACCAUCCCUGGUUCGGUAGCUUCGAGUGGCAACGGUUGAAAGAGCGCACGAUGCCGGCCCCACUCAUCCGUCCCAUCGUGUCCGAUAUCGAUCUGUCCAACUUUGACGAGUAUCCGAAGGAUCAGGACGAACCGCCGGACGAAACGUCGGGAUGGGAUAUUAAUUUUUAAUUUGCUCGCAUUAAGCAAACAAAAAUGAGAAACCCAGACACAA